AUGCAGUCCACUGCUUACAAGAACGACCUGACUCAGGUCAACGAUCUGGUGACAAAGUUACAGUUGCCAAUUCACUUCUUCGACUCCCAGGAGCCAGGAUUUGCCGGGCAGAGGAUUUUUGUUGUCACCCUCAAAGUGGGAACUCUCUGCUCUGUGGGGAAAGGCCACACCAAGAAAGAGGCCAAAGCCAGAGCAGCGUCCACCCUCCUGGGGCCUUUAAAACAAAUGUACCUGCCGCCUCUGCAGAGCGACCACCAGGCUAAGGCAAAGAAGAGAAACACUCAGCAGCAAGUGGACAAAGAAGAGGAAGAGAGGUCCCAGAUAGAUUUCAUUAUCGAGGCCUCUCCUGAACCUCAAAGCCCCCAGCACCACCCUUGGCUGGACAUGGCCCCAACAAAGCCUGAGGUGGACAAAGAUGAUACACUGGUAUCAUCUCCUGUUGAGGAUAGUCAGGACAUCUGCACAUCUCCUGAUGUAAUUAUUGAAGAAGAGUGGGAGGAUUAUCUCGACUCAGACACGGACAGUGUACUCGAGGACAUAAACAAUGAGACUGGAUCAGAUUUAUGUGAGAACCCAGAGACCAGACCAGAGGCAGAAAUCUGCGAAGAUACUGUUGUCUCAGAGAUUUCCAGUCAGCCAGAAGAGCUUCAAGAAGAACACGUUAUUGAGGCCGAUCUGGAACCUGAGAGCCCCCAGUACCACUCUUUGGUGGACACUACCUCAACAAAGCCUGAGUUGGACAAAGACGAGGGCGAGACUGGAGCAGAAGUUGCAUCUGCGAGUCCAGAAACCAGCCUCAUGGAGUCAAGGGAGACAGAUGAGACGAAGCCUGAGGUGGACAAAGAGGAGAAAGCAUUGUCCCAUCUGACAUCAGAGAUGAAUACUCAUGAAACAGAGAGUGUUCAAAAAGAACGCAAUGAGAUUCAGGAAGAACUCAUUAUUGAGGCCUCUCCUGAACCUGCGUGUCCACAGAAGCACCAUUGGCGGGACAUUUCCUCACCAAAGCCUGAGGAGGACAAAGAGGAGGAAGAGGUUCCACAUCUGAACCUAGAAAUCAGCUCAGACAUGAACAUUCAUGAAACAGAGAGUGUUCAAACAAAGGUAGAUGAGACUCAGGAAGAACUCAUUAUUGAGGUUUCCCCUGAACCCGAGUUCCCGCAGGACCAAUCUUUGCUGGACAUUUCUUCACUAAAGCCUGAGGUGGACAAAGACAAGAGAGAGACUGGAGCAGAAGUUGCAUCUGCGAGCCCAGAAACCAGCCUCAUGGAGUCCAGGGAGACAGAUGAGACGAAGCUUGAGGUGGACAGAGAAGAGGAAGAGAGGUCCCAGAUAGAUUUCAUUAUCGAGGCCUCUCCUGAACCUCAGAGCCCCCAGCACCACCCUUGGCUGGACAUGGCCCCAACAAAGCCUGAGGUGGACAAAGACGAGAGAGAGACCAGAGCAGAAGUUGUAUCUGUGAGCCCAGAAACCAGCCUCAUGGAGUCCAGGGAGACAGAUGAGAUGAAGCCUGAGGUGGACAAAGAGGAGGUCUGUCCUCUGAGUGAAGAUGUGACUGCACCAGCAUCUGUAGACAUCACAGAGGCUGGAGAUGUCCUUACAGAUCAGAGAAGGUCCUUAGAGAUGAUUGAAGCUGAUGUGGUCAGUGAAGAGGAUUUCCCCUGUCCUCCUCCAAUACUGGAGGGUCCAUCUGUGGCCAGCGUCCUUGUGCGAGCUCUGGUUCAAAAGCUGGUUCAAAAGUCCUAUUUUAAACCUGAAGACCAGGGAGAGAAUAUCUGCCUGCUGCUGGAGAAGACUGAGGAGCACAUUCACCACCAGGAUGUUCCAAUCUCUCUUAAAAAUAUGAGAGCUGUUGGAAAAGCUGCAGCCAAAGACCUGCUGAGGGAGUGCAGGCUCCAGGGGGCGCCACUGAGAGCUGAGGAUGAGGCCUUCCAGAAGGCAACGGUGAAACACCUAAACCACCGUCUGAAAAAGUUCUUGUUUGGACCACAGAGGACGGGACUCUCUCGACUCUUCGCCGCUGUGGGCCGGUUCUUCCGUGGCUCAUAA